AUGACUUCCUGCCGACUACUUCAAUCACCUGACGAGUACAAAAGGACAGAAGCAACACAAGGAAAAGAAAUGAGUGAGCUAUUUCAAGUGGGAAGCCGAAGUUGAAGAGCCGUUUUGCCGGCGUCGAAGCCCAGACAACGUAAACGUCGGCGUCAUUGUUCCUGCUUGAAGACACAUUCUUGGAGGUAAAACUCGCGAGAAUCGAGAGGUUCAAGUGGGUCGGCCGGUUUCUUCCCACAAGAAAUUGCACCGGACGGCCGGCGCCCGCCUGAAACUGCGCCCCACGUCGAAUUAUGGUGCGACGGUCGUUGCUUCUCCUUUCCGCCGCUUGUCAAACCGACUUGUCCCCAUCAAUAUUCUACUGUCGAAUAUUUAUGGACUCUGCAUUGUGACUCGACUAUUUCUAGUCGUUGUGUAGUUGUUCGAUGACGUUGCUCGACUUUUUCAAACCCUUCAGCCAAGCUGAGAACUUGGUUGAAGCCUUUUCUGAACUCUUAUUCAUCCAUUUUGAAUUUUUUGUGAAGUUGAUCGCUAUGCUUUUGCAGUUUUUGAUUUGUAUUUCUUUUUUUUUCGACUAACAUCAUAUAUUGUAAUUCCAGAGACUUUGAGUAGAUGGUAUUUAGUCUCAUGUUUCAAAAAUAUUAUCAGUUUAGUUGAGUUCCUUCGAUUUUGUCUAUUCAAAAAGGUCUUUUUCGACUCCGUGGAUUCUUGAUCCGUCAAACUUUAUUCAUAGAAUACCUAGAUUUUGAAAUAGGCUCAUCUUGGUUUGUCGGGGCUCUUCAGAAAAAUGAAAAUGAAAAUUGCCUGAUUCAACCAGCUUAAGAACUUUUUAGGAGUAAUCAGUUUCGAUUCAGUUUCUUUGAUUUCAAGGCGCACAUCUUCGAAUUUUAGAACUUUAUCCCGUUUCAGUCAAUUACAGCGGUUGAAAAAUGUCGAUCUUCUCCUCUUCAUUGAAUUGCUGGUGCGCAAAGUUGAGCCUUACGGUUCGACAAAAAAUCAGGAAUAAACUAUGUUUUUUGAUUCGCACUUUUAUGUUUCUCGAUCCGAAGUUUUUCUAUAUUUUUCCUCUUUGGGAAUUAAUUCACUUCCAAUUCUAAAAUUUUUUUUUCUGGACUUCUCCAUCUUUAAAUGUUUUUCUCUGCUUCAUCUUUUUUUUCUGAUUUUUUAAAAAUCUGAUUAAACAUUUCAGAUGACAAAGAAAUCAGUAGAGAAGGACAAAAUCAUCCAGAGAGCUUCUAGAGUUGCGUCUUUACUCUCCUUAUUCACGAUAAUCACCUGCACAUCUUUAUACUUUUGUAUGGCCUAUCACAUCGAAACAGUAGUGCAAGAUCUGAACGCUCACAUAAAUUCAUUACAAGUGAGUUAUUCGAAUGUUUUAUCAACUUGAGAUAACUAAAAAGUGUUUAGAAAAUAAGGAAAAGCGCUGAAGACGAUCUCGAGUCCGUGGAACACGAGCACUUUCGUUUCCCGAGGCAGACGUUUUCACAAAGAAACAGAAAUCGGUGGUCCAAUUAUGAAGAGCGUGGAAGAAGCAGCGGUCGUCGUCGCAACAAUGGCGACGCUCCAAAAAUUUGCGGUGAUUUUUAAUAGACUAUUGGUUUUUGAAAGUUUGGAGCUGUAGAAAAUAAUAUAUUUAUCAAGACAAUCUACUCCAUCUAUUUCUAAUUUUUGCUUAAAAUGAUAUUCUUAGACACCAUUUUUGAACCCUUUUUCAAAGCCGAAUUUCAACGUAUGAAUAAUUUCAGUAAAAUUUUUUUCCUUUUUAUUUUUUUCAGUUAAAACUAAGAUGGUGAGUAAAAACUGCAAAAAAAUUGAAGUGAGAAAACUAAUGUCCUAAGCGAAAUUGCUCUUCAUGAAGAUUAAGUGUGCUACUUGGAAAAUGUGUUCGAUGGAGCAUAAAUGCCACGAAAAAGUCAGAAAAAUGCAAAAAAGUCAUUUUUUUUAUCAGUGAUGAUGAAAUUCCGAUAAAAGUGCAACACAAAAAUGGUUUGGCCUUUUUUUUAUCGUUCCCUGAUUAUGAAAAAAAUUAUUCGCAGAUGUAACAUGAAAUCGAAAUAUCUAUACAGAACCUUUUUACUAUUUAUAGUUCUCAAAAGUGUUCGAAUUUAAAGAAUCCCCGAGACAGUCUACUGUUAGUCGUCACAAAUUGAAUGAAACUUGCCAAGAAUCAAAUCAUUCUCAUAAAAGCCCCUUUUUUCAGACUGCAUGGUGAUCCAAUGUCCUCGAGGUCCACGAGGACCACGCGGCGAGAAUGGAGAUCCAGCCUCGGAUGGCAGGCCAGGGAUGAAUACUUAUCCAAAAUGAAAAACUUCCUUCCAAGUUUUAGGAGAACCGGGAAAGCCAGGAACUGACGGAAUCUAUCAAGUCGACGAGCCAGACUGUCCAGCUUGCCCUCGAGGUCCACCAGGAGAUGAUGGAGCUCCUGGAGAGCAAGGCGAGCCAGGAAAGCCUGGAAUACCCGGAGAACCAGGAAAAGAUGGAACGAAUGAGCCUGGGGUGAUUGGAGAUCCGGGAUCUCGUGGACAACCUGGCAGGGCCGGACUGAAAGGUAUCUUUAUAUUUUAUUUCUUUGUCUUUCCUCCAUUUUUUAAUAGAUUGUCAUGAUGAAAAAGAAAAAUAUUGCCACAUUCCAAAAAACUCUAUUUAGUCUGCUUCCUUCUAUCUCAGCCGGAAAGUUCAAGACAUAAAAAAAUGAAGCACAAUAAUAUUCAAUUUUUGAUUCAAAGAACGGACAUUUCAAUAGUUUUUUUAAAGCCAAACCUGUCAAUGAGUUUUUUUCCUUCAACACUCCAAAAGGGAAAUUCAAGUUUUCGAUGAGGUUUUGAAAAAAAUACCAAGUUUCAUUAUCAAUAGACAAAAAGAAGCAAAUAAACGUUUAUAUUUUGUUUUUUUUUAAAGAUUUAACAGGAUCGAAAACGCGACACUGGCGUAAGAAAUCGAGUCAUGAUACAAAAUGUUCAAUCAUUCUGAACUUUUUCUGAAAAAUUUUCUGUUUCAGUUUUCAAUAGUCUCCGAACUUUUUUAGGAGAACAUGGAGAACCUGGUCAAGACUUUGUCCAGCUUGUUGGCUUGCCUGGUCCCAAGGGAUCAAUUGGACUUCCAGGCCUAGCAGGACUUCGAGGUGAUCCAGGAGAAAAUGGUGAUCCAGCUCCGCCAGGUUUGUCAAUUUGUUGUUAAUACUCCUUUUUUCAAAUUUUUAGGUCCGGAGGGUUAUCCUGGACCAGUUGGUGAGGUCGGUGAGCAAGGAGACGACGGGCUUCGAGGUCCUUCUGGCAAGAAAGGACCUCCAGGAAAAGACGGCGGAUACUGUCAAUGCCCGCCUAGAGAAGGUAGUAGGUCUAUGGAAAAAAUAUACUUAAGCCAAAGAAUUUCAGGAACAGGAUUCGUUAGCUCCCGACAGAGCUCCAGCAGUCUAGACGAUCGUGGCGAGGUUGAUCUUGUAGAUUUUCUUAAUCUAACUUCGAAAUUCAGGAAGAUCGAGAAGAAGAGCCGCCAAAGCCACAGCGACAAAGGCAGAGGCCUCAGAAAAUCAGACGUCCUAACGAAGAAUCUGAGUACGACGAUAUUUUUACCCCUUCAUCCAGGUCAAGAGGUAAAGCUUCGUUAAAUAUCUUAUUCAAAGUUUUUUCAUCCUGAGUUGCGAGAUAAGCGAGAAACUUUUUUUGUGAAAAGGUUUAAUCGAAGCUUAAAAGGGUAAGCUUCAUAAAAGUUCAAAAGAUGAAAUUGUAAAUUUCCUUGCCGGCUCAGUAGUUUUUACCAGGUAAUUAAUUACAUCGAUUGAGCUUCUUGAUGCCUUUGUAAACUCCGUAUUUCAUAUUUUUUGCCAAAUUUUUCCAAAAGUUGAAUAAACUUAUCUGCCAUCGAUAAGCUUGAUGGUUUAUCCAAAUCUAUAGAGUGAACCCCGAUCCUCACGGUCUGUUGCAUUUUUCUAAUUGGAAAAAGAAACAUAUAACAGGGAUCGCAAGAAAACGGCUUUGUUGUCGCUGUCAUGAACCAGAAUUUUUUAACGCAAAGCCUCGGCCAAAACUCUUAUUUUUGCUCCUAUCGAGUUUCAAAUCACAGUGUCUAAAGUAUAAAUGUGUAUUAAUGAGUUUUUUCCCAUGUCGAGAAGCUUCGGAAACCAAUCGAGGCGACGUUUUGCAGGAAACGCAGGCCGACAGCCGGAAAGCUACGCGAGGCCUCCCCGGCCCAGGAAUAGCGACUUGAUUGACGUCGGGUCGCCGACGAUGAGGUUCGAGGCCAAUCAAAGUAUACGGUCCAACCAUUCUUUUCAGGCAUUCGCCCAUGGCGCCACUAAUUGCUUACAAGGAUUCCAGUGAAGCCGUUACGAACGUGAGUUAUAGUCGAUUCAUAAGCCUUCGGUUGAUCUUUGGAGUGGCAAACUUUCGAAAAAAUUGGAAUGAAGGGUUUGAAAAGGAUAAAAAGGUAGCUACUCUAUUUUAUGGAGCGAAAUUGACUAAUUCAAGUUUUCUGUUUAUUUAGGUUUGAAAAAUGGAAAUUCCUAAAGCAUUGAAACGCUUGUUUUUGAGGCGUCUUCGGUAGAAAAAAAGAGUGGAUAAAGAGCCAAGUUUCUACAGUGGUUACAGGAUCGCUUUUUAAAACAUAGAAGCUCAGCUUAUUUUUUGAGGCGACGAAAAACAUCAAUUGGAGAGCUACUUGAAAAUUUCUUGAACUUGAGUUAAAUCUUAACAACGACAGCGAGUUACAGAAAUCUAAAUUUUCCUAUCUGAUUUGGGAUUCAAUAUACUUAUUGAGGUAUUGAGAAUGUGGCGAAGAUUUAAUAAGUUCAGAAAAAAUACCAAUUUCUUCCCUCCCUCGCCUUUUCUGGAUAAACUUGAAUAACUUUGAACUAUGAAUUCGUUUUUUUCAGCGAGUGAUCAUGCAAAGGGUGAAAUCACGGGAUCCCCUGCGCGUCAAAGGAAGUACGGUCGACUUCGAGCUCAGAUGA